UAGAAGAUCACGGUGACCGGGGAUCCGAUCGAAACCCCCCUUGUGAAACACAUCUUGUUCUCUUCUGCGGUAAAGAUGGCGGCGUCAGAGGGGGCGCGCAGUGGCCGGAGAACGGCAAAACCAUUCUGAAACCGUCUCUAUCUUACAGAAUACACCGUUUGGGUCGCCGUUGCCAUCUGCCUUGCGACCCGUUGGAUCACCGUUAGGAUUAGAUUAUUGCCAUACGCUUCGGUUUUUGGUCGUAUUGUCUGAGGCAGGGUGGGUGGGUUUCACUGAUAACUGCUAACGUUUGCUAACGGGGCAAGUGAGCGAGCUAAGACAGCAGCUAGCAGCUAGCAACGACUCGGCGAAGAGGGGCUGAGGAAGACUAUUCCGAACAGGCCGCUCCACUUGGGGGAUGUGAACUUGAGGUAGACAGGGGGUUUGCUUCGUCCCUGUAGUUGUUACACGAAAGUGUCGGGAUGGGACAACAGGUAGGCCGCGUUGGGGAGAGCACAUCAACCGCACUCCAGCCACCACAGCCGCACGCCGCGCCACAGCCGCACCAAGUCAAGGGGAACAGGGGGAGCAGCGCCGGGAGGAGACCCCGAGAAGUCGGCGGCACCACCGGGACACCGCCGGGCAGGACAGCUGCGGUUAACGUGCCGGACCCUGGGACUAAUAUCUUCACGAAACAUUCAGAAGCUCUGCACCGGCCCUUCGGCCUGGACGCGGCCGCGCUGACGGAGGCGGUACGCUGGAGCUCCAAGGAGAACCUGCUGGGGGCGGCGGAGAGCGACCCCAACCUCUUCGUGGCGCUCUAUGACUUUGUGGCCAGCGGCGACAACACGCUCAGCAUCACCAAAGGCGAGAAGCUGCGGGUGCUGGGCUACAACCAGAAUGGCGAGUGGAGCGAGGUGCGUUCCAAGAACGGCCAGGGCUGGGUGCCGUCCAACUACAUCACGCCCGUCAACAGCCUGGAGAAGCACAGCUGGUACCACGGGCCCGUGUCGCGCUCCGCCGCCGAGUACCUGCUCAGCUCCCUCAUCAACGGCAGCUUCCUGGUGCGGGAGAGCGAGAGCAGCCCCGGGCAGCUGUCCAUCUCGCUGCGCUACGAGGGCCGCGUGUACCACUACCGCAUCAACACGUCCUCCGACGGAAAGGUGUACGUGACGGCGGAGAGCCGCUUCGCCACGCUGGCGGAGCUGGUCCACCACCACUCCACGGUGGCGGACGGCCUGGUCACCACGCUGCACUACCCGGCGCCCAAGUGCAACAAACCCACCGUGUACGGCGUGUCGCCCAUCCACGACAAGUGGGAGAUGGAGCGCACCGACAUCACCAUGAAGCACAAGCUGGGCGGCGGGCAGUACGGCGAGGUCUACGUGGGCGUCUGGAAGAAGUACAGCCUCACCGUCGCCGUCAAAACGCUCAAGGAGGACACCAUGGAGGUUGAAGAGUUUCUGAAAGAGGCGGCGGUGAUGAAAGAGGUCAAACACCCCAACCUAGUCCAACUACUAGGCGUGUGCACCCUGGAGCCUCCCUUCUACAUCGUGACGGAGUACAUGCCCAACGGCAACCUGCUGGACUACCUGAGGGAGUGCGACCGCGAGGAGACCAACGCCGUGGUGCUGCUCUACAUGGCCACGCAGAUCUCCUCCGCCAUGGAGUACCUGGAGAAGAAGAACUUCAUACACAGGGACCUGGCCGCCCGGAACUGCCUGGUGGGGGAGAACCACGUGGUGAAGGUGGCGGACUUCGGCCUGAGCCGGCUGAUGACCGGGGACACCUACACGGCCCACGCCGGCGCCAAGUUCCCCAUCAAGUGGACCGCGCCCGAGAGCCUGGCCUACAACACCUUCUCCAUCAAGUCUGACGUGUGGGCGUUCGGGGUGCUGCUCUGGGAGAUCGCCACCUACGGCAUGUCUCCGUACCCCGGGAUCGACCUGUCCCAGGUGUACGACCUGCUGGAGAAAGGCUAUCGCAUGGAGCAGCCUGAGGGCUGUCCCCCUAAAGUCUACGAGCUCAUGAGGGCCUGCUGGCAGUGGAGCCCGUUGGACCGGCCCUCGUUUGCUGAGAUCCAUCAGGCCUUUGAGACCAUGUUCCAUGAUUCCAGCAUCUCUGAAGAGGUCGCAGAGGAGUUGUGCAAGACCUCCGGCCACGGUGGUCAGCCGCACAGCUUCGGCCACGACACGCCCCUGCUACCGUCCAAGUCCCGCACCCUCCGCAAGCACACGGACAACAAGGAGAACAUAGAGGGCGGGCUGGACGGCCGGACGGACCAAGGCUCGCACAGUCUCUCAGGUGUGGUCUCCACCGUGCUCGGGGUGGACGUCCGGUCGGGCUGCUCCCCGGCUCUGCCCCGCAAACAGCAGCCCCGGGACAAGUCUCCCGGCGGCCCGCUGGACGACGCCCAGGACGCCGGCACCUUCACCCGGGACCGCAAGACGGGCUUCUUCAGCUCCUUCAUGAAGAAGAAGUCCACGUCGUCCUCGUCCACCUCCGCCUCCCAGCUGCAGCAGAACGUCCCCACGCCCCCCAAGAGGAGCAGCUCCUUCCGCGAGAUGGAGACCCAGCCCCACAAGAAGUACGAGCCCACCGCCUCCUUCAGCGGACCCCCGCCGCUGCCCCAGCCGGACGUUCUGGGGGGGUUCUCGGCCUCCCCGUCCCACUCCCACGGCGAGCCCGCCCAGACCCAGUCUCGCUGCUGCGGGGCCACCUUCGGGCAGAAACCCGGCGGGGGGGCCCAGGUGGCCAGCGGCGGGGGCAGCGGCUGGGGCAGCCUGGCGGGCUUCUUCACGCCGCGCCUCAUCAAGAGGACCCUGGGGCUGCGGACGGGCAAGUCGGCCUGCUCGGACGAGGCGGUGGGCGGCCCCAAGGCCUUCCCCCGGUCCAACUCCACCUCGUCCAUGUCCGCCGGGCUACCCGACCUGGAGCGCAUGGCGCUGACUUUACCCAGGAACCGCACGGCCAAGCCCCCCCUGGAGAGGACCGCCUCCACCACCUCGCAGCCGGAGAACGGGGCCCCGAGGCCCUCGGAGGCCCCGUCGAGGAGGAUGGACGAGGGCACGGCGCAGAUCAGGGAGCGGCCCAAGGCCAAGCUGCUGCCCCGGGGCACCACGGGGGGGCUGAGGGGACCCGGGGUAGGGGGGGAGUCGGGGGAGUCGGACACUCUCUCCCGGGUCCGGGAGGAGGGCGGGGGGCAGGACCGGCAGCAGGCGCGGCCCUCCCCGUCGAAGACCUCCGUUUCGGGGGCGACCUCGGCGGCGGCCGGCGCCCCGCCCCCCCACAACCACAAGGUGCCGGUGCUGAUCUCCCCCACGCUGAAGCACGGCACCGCCGACGUGCACCUGGUGGGGGUGGACUCCCAGGGGAACCGCUUCAAGCUGCUCACCGACCACCAGGGGGAGCGGGACCGCCCGCGGCUGGUCAAGCCCAAGUGCGCCCCCCCGCCGCCGCCCACCCUGCGCGGCGUCUCCCACUCGUACAGCGGCGACGGCGAGGAGCAGAUAGCCGGGGCCCCCGCCGCCGCCGAGGUGAACGGCGACACGCUGAAGGGCCCCCACCGACCCGGGAGGACGUCGUCGGGAGGGACGGGGGCCGGGCGGCCGUCGGUGCCGCCGCCUCAAGUGCCCCCGGCGUCGUCUCCCUCCCUCUCUCCGUCGCCCUCGGCCGCCGCCCCCACCAACAACAACACCCCCCCCGCCAAGCUGGCCAACGGCUCGGCCCCCUCAGCCCUCCCCUCCACGGGCUCCAAGGCGGCCCUGCGACGGACCCGGCAGCAGGCCGAGCGGCCUCCCCAGGAGCGGGCGAGCCGCAAGGCCCUGCUGGAGUGCGCCGAGUGCCUGAGCCACGCCCUGCACGGCGGCCCCGAGAGCCCCUCCAGCAGCCAGGUGCUGGACUCUGGCCACCAGCUGCUGGGCUACUGCUCGGGGUACGUGGACCGCAUCCCCCAGAUGAGGAACAAGUUUGCCUUCCGGGAGGCGGUGGGGAAGCUGGAGCUCAGCCUGCAGGAGGUGAGGGCGUCCUCGGCGGGGGGCGCGGGGCUGAGCAGCCUGGGCUGCGGCCCGGCGUUGGACAACCUGCACAGCUGCGUUAAGGAGAUUAGUGAUCUGGUGCAGAGGUAGCCGACCCCCCCCCCCCCCACCACCAACGCCACCGCCGCCAACAACAGCAACACCUCCCUGGACAGCUCGACAGACUGCUUAUACCCCCCGCUCCUUUCAAUGCUCCGGGCAGUAGGGGCCGCUCUUCCGGGGGGGGGGGGACACAGUGGGAGGAGCCCCUCAAAAGUAUCUCAGAGAAAUCACUACAAAGCGUUCUUUUUAUUGUUUACAGAGAACUGUUUCCUAAGAUGCCGCUGUGGACGCUAAUGUUGCUCUGAACUGUACAUAUGCAAGAUGUUUGUACCAAACUAAAUGUGGAUCGUUAGCCUUCUUGCUGUCUGAAUGUGGGAGUGGGGGAUCAUCUGUGGGUAUCCAUUCCCACGAGUAGCGAAAGAAUAAGCUUGAUUUGUGUCGGUUAGUCAGUCGUACACUGAGGAAGGUGUAGAUGGUGGUUUUGACCCAGUCUGAUUUGAAACCAAGGUGCCAGUUUUCCCAAGCCAAGACGAAUGACAAUAUAUUUUGUAUCUAUGGGGACCAUCCUUUCAGUAAGUAUUUGGGUUUACCUCUAGUGUUUAAUCAAUCAGUGUUUUGGCCAACAGUGCUUUCAUGCCAUUGUUACCUGAAUCUGGUGGAUUUUAAUCGGCAGUCGCAGUCUAGAAAUCAUCCAAUAGUUGGAUCUAUCUUUCCAAUGUGCCAUUUCUAGAUGCGUUUCCAAACUGGGGAAGAUUAUAGGAGAAUCGAUUGGGACACACGGGUCAAUUGAAGAGUUUGAGUUAAAUGUUCUGUUUAAUUAUCUAGGCUCAAUAGAACAAUAAGCAUGAUGAAUAACACAUUCAUUAUAUUACUUAUAACCCUUUUUAAGAGAUUAAGUUGGGGAAAUAUGGUUGUCUUUAGUUUUAACCACAGCAAUUUGUUUUGGAUGUGACUUGACUAACUUCACUUCUCACCACAGCACACACUACACAAGGGGGGGGAAUGAAUCCCUUUUAUUCCUUAAGCAUUUCAAAAACUAUAUUUAUGUCCAGUUUGUCUUGCACACCACAAUAAAGGUUGAACAGUACAGCGAGGAGACAGCACAGGGUAGCACACUCAGAGGCGACUUGGGACUAUAUAUAUAUAUACCUACAAGUGUCCUUGGAUAUACGGACAGAGCUGGAUUCCCUUACAGCCUCGUCGUGGCCUCAGUGCCUCGUUUUAAUUAACGCUGCAGAAAGACUACACGGCCGCCUGCUCACAGGAGCCACACCGGAUCGCUCCCUACGCAAACAAACUGCAGUUAUGUCUUCAGCACAUGAGUGAUAUGUACAUUAUUGGGUUUAAAAGAAUAAAGCGUUUUAGAAUGUCUUUAUGUCCGAACUUGAAUUUUAAAUUAUUAUUAUUUUUUUUUUCUUUUUCUUUUUUAAAGCACAGACCUAUUUUGACAACAAAAAUGUUAUGUAAAUAUUUGAUUUAUUUCAUAUCCAGAAAAUACAUUUCUAUGUGUGGUCACAUGGUUGUUCAGAGCAGUGUUUUUUUUCUUUUUCAACUGAAAAGAUGUACUGCAAGACUGAGGCCCAUUCAAGCCCCCCAUCUAAUAUAUCUGCAGUAUGAAUGUAUUACUCUGUGGUUCGGUCCUGAACCUGGUCAAAUGUCUUUAUUCUCUUCAGUUGACAAAGGCGCGGUGCCAUAUUGUGUGUUAAGUAUUUAUUGAUCCAUGGCCUCGGUUUAUCAUUGCAUCUAUGAUGGAUGUCCCGUUUACAGCAUUUUACGAACUACAAAUUUGCACCAUGCUCGUGAGACAUGCAUACCGCCUGGUCCUCUCUCAUUAUAGCCAUUUCUCUAUUUAACGUCUUCUGUAAAUUUGGCUCAAAUUGAAAUGUACACUGGAUAAAGCCAAUGGCGCAUCACUCGGUGUCUGAACAAUGUAGCCCUAUGACAUUUGAAUUAUCAAUGUUGAUUUCACUCAAUGAUCAGGAGAUGUAUGUUUGAAUCCUGCACAUUUCAUUCGGCUUACAAUGUGCCUCUGAUGAAUAAAAUGCCUGAAUUCCUGCCAAAUGGAAAAUCUGUUUUUGUUUUUUUUAAUGUGAGGUUCAAGUGAAUAGAAGGUGGUACUGCGAGGGUCAUCCAAUGAGAACCUCAUGAUUCAUUGUGCCUUUGUAUGAAAAUAAAAGCCCUCGUUUGGUGCACUUUUUCAGUUACAGUUAUGGGUAACAUGAUGACGGCCUUUAAAAAAAGAAAAAUUAAAGUAAUUGGAUAAGCACCACAAAAUACUUGCUUUUGAUUGGUUUAAUGGUCCAGCUCCCACUUGAAAAGGAAAUGUGCAAUUUUGUUUAUUUGCUAACUUAUUUAUGGCCAUCAGAUAAUGUACAGAGGAUCCCGGCUGUUCCAUGGUCCCGGAAUCUGAUUAAAAAUAUUUGCUUCAACAGUAAUGUCUGCUUUUCUUGACCGAUAGUAAUUUGGGCUCUUAUGAUGCAAUUCUUUCCAGGAUACUGCAUUUUCCUCCUAGUUUAAUGGGUCGUUUUUUUGUCGAGGAACCUUUGCCUACAGGAGCAGAUUUCUUCAACAAAUUAACCUUUGAGGAGACCAGUUGAGAUUUAUUUGUAUGUGUGCUAUCAGGCUAUGAACCAAGUCGCACCGUGGCUCAAUGCUAAUACCUUGCUCCAAUCUAAGGUCGGAACCCAUGGUAUAUUUUGUGUUUUGGCUAUAAAUGAUCAGGCUAUGUCCCCAGCCUGCUCAGGACAAACUUCUGAUUGUGUUUAUUUAUGCUGCCUGUAUUUAUAUUGUUAAUGGAUUUUCUUUCCUUUCAGUUAUGCUUUUUUUUAUCAGAAGAUAACAUGUGUGUACACAUAAUACCAAAGGCCACUUCUUCAGUUGUUGAGUGCAAUGAGAACACACACACACACACACACACACACACACACACACACACACACACACACACACACACACACACACACACACACACACACACACACACACACACACACUGCAGAUGUGAAUCUAAACAGGGAUGAAAAUACAGCAGAGAUGUUAACAUAUUAACUCAUUCUAUUGUACAAAAUAAAUUUUGUUUUUUAUUUAAUGCUCAUGUGUAUUACUGUGAAGUUCUCAUCAGUGUUAAACCUAUUGUAAAUAAUAAAGUUAUUGCCAAAUA